UCAGUCGAGCUUCGCUGACUGAGCUGAACGGUCGGUACUGCGCACUGUCGCUACUGCGCAUGCGCCGGCGAGCAACACGUUACUUGCCGAAGGCGAGCACGCGCGGGUGAGGCACUGUCGUCCGUGACCCAGUGUGGAAGCGAGGUCGUUUGCCAGUAUUCCCUGAGCGACGCGACGAAAGCGAAACGCCGUUUCCUCCCUCCUCACCCCUCCCCCUACACUGGCGACCAUGUGCUCGCAAGGACGCGGCAACUUGCCAAGCGGACCGUGAUGAGCUGAGUGUGUGUACGAGAGGCCAGAAGGCGGCAGUCAGCUGUUUCCCGUCGUUCCACGCGCGCCACCUGCCUCUGGCUAGUAUGUGCAAUCAACAGGCGGCUAUGUUGUGACGUGACACGCGGCCACCGGGCCCCUAUUCUUCAGCGCUGCUGAUCACGGGACUGUGUUAUCAGUUAUCAGUAUAGCGCGCCGCGGCGUCCAGUGGUUGCUGUGCUACCGGCACCUUGAACAAGUGCUUCCCGCCGACCGCCAAGUGGUCGUGAGCGCGCUUUGUUGUCGGUCCCGUUCUCGCGGCCGCCUCUGGGAUAUCGACCCGACCGAGGGCGGCGUCGGCCGGCUUUCCUCGCAAGACCACGUGCUCUACUCACACGCACAGAUUUCUGGCGUGCCUGUUUCACCUUCUCUGCAACUAGAAGGCCGGGGCAGGACAGUUCAUGAUUUACUGUGCUUUCCUGCAAGGACAUAGGAUAGGCUGAUAAACCAGUUUAAGAGCUGCAGCGUCAGCGGCCGCGUCCAGCGCCCCCGGCCGCGGCAGCGCCAGCGCCUCCGCCGGCCACGUCGGCGCGCCGGCAGUGCCUGGUGUGGGCGCCUGCAGCGAGUCUCGCGGCCGCCGUCGCCCGGAGAAGCAGCAGCAGCAGCCGCAGCCACAGCGCCGCCGCCGACUGCCCGCCGCGACAACCACCUGCCGCCGCCGCCGCCAGCGCGCACCACUGCCGCCGCAAGGACAAGUACUCGCCGCCCCCGCAGCCGCCGCCCUCCGCCUCUCCGCGACACUCCACAGCGCAGCACCAGAGCAAAGCGAGCCCUAGCGCGCAGCAUCUACAGCAGCAGCAGACGCUGACGCAGCGGCGCGGCCAUCAUCAUCAGCAGCAGCAGCAUGCGCAUGGCAGCUGGUGGGCGCGCUGGUCGGGCAUGAAGCUGAAGGAACGCGUUCUGCUGGGCGUGAGCGCGGCCACGGUGCUGGCGACGCUGCUGCUCGUGGUGGACCUACAGCUGGAGCUGGGCGUGUCGGGCCGCCACCUGCUGCCCAGCCACGGCCGCCACCGCCUCGCGCCGCACGCCAACACCUUCCGGCACCGCGUGCUGCAGCGCGCGCCCGCCAACGGCUCCGAGCGAGAGGCCUCCAACAGCUCAGAGGCGGCCGCGCGCACCGCCGCCGUCGCCGUCGGCGUCGGCCGCGCCCCCACCGAAGGCCCGCACGACGAGUUCAGCGACCUCGUCGACUACGUCGCCAACAACGGCGAUGUCGGCGUCGUCGAGUCGUCGGCGGCGCGCCUCUCCGCCGCCGCCGCGGAGCUGUUCGGUGCGCGCCGCAACCCCACCAUGGCCGAGCUGGUCGACUUCCCCGACAGGUGA